CCUCCUUAUCCAAAGUCCUUCCUUAUCCCAACACUCUACAAACAGGGAGAAAGCGAGACACAGAAAUGUGGUGCAAUUCCACUUCCAUUACUACGCUUUCCUUUCUUCAAACAACUACCCAUCACUCCCAGCUCUCCAAUGGAGUUGGCCGAAAUUCCCUUCAAAUUGUUCCCCUCCGCCGCCUCUCCGUCGAAGCCGCCGCCACGACAAGGAGGGAGGACCGAACUGCUCGUCACAUCCGCAUUCGCAAGAAGGUGGAAGGGACGCCGGAGAGGCCGAGAUUGUGUGUUUUUCGGUCCAACAAACACAUCUAUGCUCAAGUAAUUGAUGAUACAAAGAUGCACACUCUUGCUUCAGCCUCAACAAUGCAGAAACCCAUCUCAGAGGAGUUCGAUUACUCCUCCGGCCCAACUAUUGAAGUUGCCAAGAGAGUGGGUGAAGCCAUAGCUAAAGCUUGUCUCGAGAAAGGGAUCGAGAAGGUGGCUUUCGACCGAGGUGGUUACCCCUACCAUGGCCGGAUCGAGGCUCUAGCCGAUGCUGCAAGGGAGCAUGGCCUGCAGUUUUGAAGUUAAAAACAGUGAGUAGGCUAUUCUUCAAGCUAAUUUAUCAUCCCUUUUCUUUCACUAUGCUGUUGUGGGAAUCAAUGUUUGUCAAAUAUUCAUGAAAAUAUCUUGCCAAAAACUUGUCUUCAUGUUCAUAUGUAAUUUCUUGUGACAAUUCAUGAAGAAUCAUGCGGCUUUCCUUA